UUAUCUUUCUUCAUCUGUUCCUCUUUCUUCUUAUUGAACAACGCUGCUCCCGAGAAUAAAAUAGUCACCGAAGUCUGUCAAAAAGUGAGGGAGAAGAAUCUGUGUCUCUCGAGUUUGAGUGCGGAGCAUGCCGGCCAAGACGCCAAGGACAUAGCCGCCGUCGGAUUGAUAGCAAUCAACGUCGCUUCCAACAACGGCUCGGCCAUCUCGGUCUUCAUCAAGAACACGCUCGUGGAUAGGGAACAUCUAGGACCCUCCGUAGAGCAGAACUUUGAAGAUUGCGCGGAAAAUUUCGAUGACGCGAUGCAGGAACUUGACGAUGCCCUGGAACUCAUCACAUCGAAGGAUUUCAAAAAUUUGAAAACGGAGAUGGGAGCUGCCAUUGACGAUGCCGACGCGUGCGCGAUGCUGUUGAAUCAAAGCGGAGGAAAAGAUCUGGAGCUGUUUAACAAGGCUAACAUCUUCCGUCAACUGUGUUCUAUUGCCUACGACAUCGCCAAUAUUGUGGCUCCAAAUUAA